AUGGCUCCUCUGCUAGCCCUUCCGCAGUCUCUCGAUCCACCAGAGCUCGCAAACAUAUUACCCUUCCAGCACACAUCUUCACGAGACCACGACCGCGACGGCCCAGCGCCACUGUUCGAAUACCGAACCUCCCUCCAGCUACGCCAGGAGCAAGCCGACGCCUUCUACCGCACGCAGCACAAUCACUCGAGAGCAUCAAGUUCGACUGGCAGCGUCGCGAACAGCCUUCGCCGUACGCCCAACUUCGAGCGCGCCAGAUCAGUCGAUCCGAGCCAACAACAGCGCGUUCGCUUCGAGACACCUCGCCCUCACUCAACCCCCUACGCUGAGCCUCAUCCCGCUCUUCGCAUCAGUCGACGUACUGCCUCGGCAAUACGCUUCGUGCUCGAAGAGGGACUCCGACUUCCGCAUCCUUUCACACCGGAUCUGGUCGAAGAGAACGCCCUCAUGUCCGAUCUGUCAAGUGGUCGCGCUGCCAACGGCGGGGCCCGUACAACUGGCGGCCCCGUGCCUGUCGAUCGGUCCAACAUACGUACGCCAACGCAGAUCAUGAAUGCUAGACGACAACGGGCUGAAGUGGAGGAACAAAGGAAGGCCGCCGAAGAGGAGCGCAGGCGAGCCAGCGCAGAAAGAAGAGCUCAAGCUGUUUCUGGUGUAGCUGGAGCACCAACAAUUGAGCCUGGGACCCAGAGGCAGCCCCAAUCAGCUCCUCUAAGAUCUGGCGACCAAUACGUACAAUACCCGACCUCCUCGGGCGGAGUGCCGCGUCAACCAGAGAGGCCAAUCCCAUCACAAAACACCAUGAACGAAGCACAAGAGACCACAACAGGCGCAUCGCAAUCAAGACCUCGAGCGGCCUCACAAACACCCUCUCGACCCACUCAGGCAAAUCUAGGUCUGCCAACGACAACAGAACAAAGCAGAAGACCAGCUGGCUCAGGCCACGCCAGGCGACCCUCCGGUGCCACAGCUUCAUCACAAGCAGGCCCUUCAACUGCUGCAGCACGACCACCGCCUCCGCCGGGUUCGUCCACUGGCCAAGCUCGGGAGUCAACAACAUCCAACUUUCCACAUGCGUUCGAGCGCUGGGAAACCCUAUCUUCACAUUGGGAGGGCCUCACCUCUUACUGGAUACGGCGACUUGAGCAAAACACCGAUGAAGUCCGCAGAGAGCCACUGGCACAGCAAAUGUCACGGCAAAUCACUGAUCUUUCGGCAGCUGGUGCUAACCUCUUCCAUGCUGUCGUCGAACUUCAACGCUUGCGCGCAUCUUCCGAACGAAAAUUUCAGAGAUGGUUCUACGAACAUCGCCAGGACCAGGAGAGGGCCCAGGAGCGCGAAGCGCAAUUGACCGAACAAAUGAACUCGGAGCGCGAGCUUCGCCUUGAGGCUGAAACGAACAUGGAGCGCAUGGCCACUGAGAAGAAGAAUGCCGAACGAGCUGUGUCCGAGAUGAAGCGUGAGCUACAAAUCUCGAAGGAAGAAGCACGCCGAGCAUGGGAAGAGCUUGGGAGGCGAGAACAGGAAGAGCGCGAUCGCACAUUCUCGUUGAGGGAAGGCCAGCCUACAUUGGUUGGCGGAGUGCAGGUGGUGCCGAUGGCGCAGAACAUGGGACGUCAAGGCAGGGGACAUGGAGAUGAUACUUAUGCUGGUGCACAGAGCAGUGGCGAGGGUAUCGAACAACACUACUCGUACGAAGAAGGUCAAUCACCAACCGAUACCGAUCCCUUCACUGAGAGCGCCCGCCAUGGGCGCCGAGAGCCUGAGCAGCCUGCACACGUAGCUCAAGGAACUUAUAUUCCUUCGGGUGCAGCAUCGACCGCAUCAUCUCGGCCUGGUGGCUCUUCGGUUGCGGACGAAUCGCUAGCUCCUGCCCCUCUACAAUACCCAUACUAUACAUCUCAAGCACAGCAGGGAUCUACACAGCCGGCCAUGUCCCAGCCAGAGGCCUUUUACCAACAACCUGCCUCCUAUCUACACCAGGAGUCCGAAUCUGGUCUUCCAGAUGACGAGCAGUCGUACGUCACUUCUCAGGCAGAGUCAGAAGCCGACAUAGAGUACGCCUUGGACGAGAGAGGGAACUUUAUACGCGAUGAUUCAGGCCGCCGUAUCCCGUUCCGAUCUCUUCAGUCACCAGUAUCAGACGAGUACGAUGUAGAAGACGCACGCCGGCGUGAGCUCGAGCAUCUCCAGCACUAUGGUACAACUGCCACUUCUCAGGGCGGAUAUGCAAUCAGUUCGGACGUGGGGUCUUCUCAACAACCCGCUGGUGGACGACCUGACUAUAGUGGCGAUGGCUACGGCGACGAGUGGGUAGAAUUCGAAGAGAAAGUGAAUGCUAUGGUCGAUGAGAAGGUCGCGUAUAUCAAACGGGUCAUUGGCAUAAGGAUGAGGGAAUUUGAAGUGAGGAGCGCUACUCUGAAGAAGCAAGAAGAGGAUCUCAAAGCGUCUACAGCCAGACUAGCACGCAUAGAGGAAAAGUCAAAGACAUACAAAGACAUUUGCAAUGCAGUCGCGGGAGUCGCGGACAAAAUCAACAAAGCCGAACGCGGUCGGCAGAACUUGACAGCCCGCAAGAAUACGACACAGUCAGCGUUCGAAAGAUGGGAGCAGCAGUAUUGCCAGCCUAUUAAAAAGCUCGCAGAUCUCAUCUGGGAGGUGGAUAACAAGAAACAAGAGAACGAUCGCGAGUUCGCUGAGCAGAGCGCGGUGGUGCGAGGACAAGAAGCACAAACUGCUGCUCUCCUUCUCCAAAGACAGCAAGAGGAAGUAAUGCUGAACGAAGAGAAAGAACAAUUUCUCGUCGAGAAACAAGAGUGGCAACUUAAGCAAGGCAAACAAUUGAGUGCAACAGAGGUGAGAGCUGCCAUGGAAGUGUUCCUUCAGAAAAAGAUCGAACAGAUCAAGCCCGACGUACUAGCAGAAGCGAAGCACAGCGUCUGGAUGCUACUGAAGCAAGACUUCGAAACUCGUGAGGUUGAAAAUCUUGCGCGUACAAAGGCUGAAGGCAAGGUCGAAGGCUAUCGGCGCGGUUACGAAGAUGGCUAUGCUCAGGCAAAAUUGGAAGAAAACGGACAAGCCUAUAGCAUGGGAAUGAUCGAUGCCCGACAGGAAUAUCAGCUCAGAAUUAUUGAAGCAAAGCGUGAGUCACGCGAUGAGGGUUAUGACUUGGGCUAUGAGGCGGGUUAUGAAGUCGGUGCAAACAGGAAUUGCGAUGAAAUCCACACCAUAGGUUAUGAAAAAGGUCGCAACGCUGGGCAUUCGCAAGGUCACCAGAAAGGCUACGCUAAAGGCUUCUCUCAAGGUCUUGAGGCGGUUCGACGGGAAGCAGACGGUACCGCCUGGUCUUCUUGGUAA